AUGGAUGUUUCAACACAAACGGUCGACAUGGCCGAAAAGAAGCAUUUUACCAUGCAAACUGGUGAGAGUGGAUUUUGGGAGAAAUUUGACGAAUCCCCACCAAUGAGAGAAGUCGAAAAAUUCAAAUUAAAGGUCGAAACAGUGAAGGGAUCAAAAAGGCCGAAACAAUCUACGAAAACACAAACACCACAGCCUAAGGACAAGGCUACGCAGGUGUUCAUCUGGCGACUGAUGCCAAUUGAUGUGGACCGAAGAUCAAAUCGGCAAGCCGUCGAACAAUUUAUCCAAAAAUUUACGAAAUAUGAGAGAAUUGGGGAAGAAUUUGCUGUACCGGAUAUUCUUUCGCCUAUCCGAGACGCCCCAGAAGAAGAAAAUUUCAAAAUGCCGGUAAGCACCGAGGAGUGGAGCAGGAACAAAAGGGAAGCCGAGAAAAAGGAAAGGGAAAGGUACAGAGAAGAAAUCGCAAAAAAUGGAAAAGAGUGGACUGGAUGGAAAAUUGGAGAAUUUCAUUGGGAGGACAAAAACGAAGAAAAUAAAGGAUCAAGAGAAAAUGACAAAGAGAAUCAGGAAAAAGAUAAGAUCGAACAAAAACCACAAGAAUACGAAGAGCGAAACGAGACUCAAAAACAAACACGAAAAAGGAAAAGAACCGGCAAAGACGCGAUUGAAAGGGAAAGGCGGGAGAACAUCGAAACGAAAAGAAAAGAGAAAAAAGGCGUGACAAUCAAGAGCUGUGACUUGGCAACGCUAGACGGCAAUAACUGGUUGAACGACGAGGUUAUAAAUGAAUAUCUCAAUUUGAUAGUUAGGGGGAGCCCGGAAACCUUUGCUUUUACCACUUUUUUCUUUUCUAAACUACUAUCGGGAGGGUUUUCCUCGGUCCAACGAUGGACAAAGAAAACAAACAUUUUUCAAUUUAAAUUGAUUCUCGUGCCAAUGCAUAUGGGAGCACAUUGGUGCCUUACGAUUGUAGAUUUUGUAACUAAGCAGAUCAAAUACUUUGAUAGUCUGUUGGGUGAUAAAGUCGAGUACGUCACAAUUAUUUUUAAUUAUUUGAUCAAAGAGGCAGAAGUCAAACAACAGAAAUCCUUCCUUCCCCAGGAGUGGACGGUAAUAAUAAGAAAGAAUAUUCCGAGACAAUCCAAUAAUUUUGAUUGUGGGGUGUUUGUCUGCUCUUUUGCCGAGUAUGAGGCCGCAGGGCGGGAAAUCGACUUUUGUCAAAAAGACAUGGCAGCCAUAAGACAAAAAAUAAAAAGAUCCUUAAUCCAAGGAAAAUUAGAAUAA